AUGGCAAACGCAACCUACUCUGGCCAGUGGGCAAACAUAGUAGGUCAGCGCGGUAACGUCUCAUUGCAGAUCUUCCUCAACGGCGACAGUCUCCCAGAAGUCAUCAAGGUGAAUGACGCACCAUUGACGAACAAUGUCUGCACUGUGAGCUCCACGAAGCACGGCUAUUUUCGAGGUGAAGAUCUUGAUGGGUACAUCUACCAGCUUCACGUUUCACCUGAUUUUGCCAGUGUCAACGGCUACUACUCUCGUGGUGCGAAACUCUUCGCUGGGCCGGGCUUCCAAGAAGGUGAUGGUAUUUCAGGCGUGGUGUGCUUCAACAGAACGGGCCACCUCCUGCCAAUUGUGUUGAAGAGCGAUCUUUCCAGCCAUGCCGAUUGUCCUUGCACGAGUGAGCGCCUCUUCAAGUCGAAGCGGGCAAACAUCGGAGGCCACCACGAUGAUUUUGACAUCUCCGUCCGGGUGGACGACACAGGCCCGUACGCAGCUGAUGUCGAUGGGCAGGAGCUUCAGGACGUGCUGUGCACGACCGACCCGCAAGGUCAUCACCACCUCUUCGGUAAGACGCCCGGUGGCUAUCUGUGGCAGCUGCACUUGUCGCCAAACCUGCGGCACGUCAACGGGUACUACUCGCGUGGCAGCGAGCCUCUCGCUGGACCGUUCUCCGCCGAGGAGGUCGAUCUCUUCGGCGUGGUGCAUGGCGCUUCCCCAGGCCCUCUGCUAACUCCAGACCCGAUCGUCCUCGGCGACGAUGGCACGGCUGCAUUCCGCGUAAUGUCCUUCAACGUCUGGAAAGAUGGAGGGCGCUCUUUGGAGAGGACCGUUGAGGUUAUCCGGACUCUGAGGCCCGACAUCGUGGGGUUGCAGGAGGCAAGCGAGGCAACAGUGAAACGCAUCGCUCGUGAUGUCGGGCUCCAUUAUUAUGCUCUCGGCAGGCAGGGUGUGCUGUCGCGCUUUCCGCUAGAAUGCAUAUUUGACGAUCACUACGGUGGUGGUGUUGUUGCCGUUCACGCGCCCGUCGAAGGUCGUGCGGAGCCAUUUAUUCUUCGCCAUGCCAAUGUGCAUUUGGAGCCCUACCCAUAUCCUCCGUACGAGCUGCGAGCUGAGGGGAAGUCGGCUGGAGAGGCCAUUAACGUGGAGGCGACGACACAGUUGCCAAUUCUGGCGGCCGUGCUCAGCAAUCUCUGCCAUUGCUCUGCCAGCCCACGCCCACCGCUGCUGCUCACGGGUGACUUCAAUUGCGCUUCUCACUUGGACUAUGGGGCGGAGUACCUGGCGCCCUGCAGCGCCUUGUGUGCCGCUGCGGGCCUCGUCGACACCUAUGCGGAGGCAAACCCGACGCACCUGGGAGCGUGGCGACAUGGAGUGCACGAUGCCCCAGGGAUCACGUGGGCUGCGCUCCCCGAGGAAGAGCCGAAGAAGAUCUGGGAUCGCAUCGAUUUUGUGUAUGCGGAUCGUGGCAGCCUCGCGGCGGUCGAGUCCAGCAGCACAAUCGACUCACGGACUGCCGGCUGCGAUCCGUGGCCGAGCGACCAUCGGGCCGUGCUGUCGGUGCUGCGCCUGCGUGUGCCGCCGGGGUAG